AUGCCGCUCAUCGCAUCCAACACCAUCAUCACCUCCAUCUCCCUCUUCCACCUCACCCUCGCCUUCUUUUUCCUUACGAGCCCGCAGACCAUCAGCGACCAGGUCCUCGUCUACAUCAUGGGCGAGAGCAUGCGCAUGCCUGAAACCCAUGCCUUUGACGCCCAGAGUCCGGCCCUCGCUUUUCUUGCCACUCUCCUCGCCUUCCUCGGCCUCAGCGACCUCGUCUCCCUUUCCAUGCCCGAGGAGCUCGGCUCGUUGUAUUACUGGGGCACCCAAGCUCCCCUCCGCUCCUUCUUCUCCAUGCUCCUCGUCUUCUACACCUACUUUUUCAGCCCAUCAUCACCUCUCUACACCUCCUCCAUCUUCGAUUCGCGUGCAAAUCUCCGUGUCCACCCAUCCGAUGGCUCAUCGUCCACGUCUGCUUUUGCAUCCACUUCUGCCUCGUCGACCUAUCGCCCUUCGGCAUGGGGCGGCGAAGCUCUAAAGAAUCGCGUCUUCUUCACGUUUGUCUUCCUCGAAAUGAUCACCUGGUUCUGGAUCUGGGUGACCCUGCGCGAAGAGCGCCCGGAAGUUGUCAAGAAAAUGCGCGACGUCCACGAUAAGCGGACGAGACGGGUGCGCGACGAAUAG